CAGUGUGUUGUCGGAUGUGAGUCGUCUCCCUGAACAUAUUCAGUAUGGGAAUCGUAAUACGUCUUCUGAUAUUGAGCACCCUUGCAGCACUUGCAUCAUCUGUUUUUUUGCGAGUGCUUCCAAGGUCUCAAUCCAGACGGAUCUACCAGUACAGGUCUCGACCACAAUUUAGCUUUGGGGCCUACUCAUCGAUAUCUGAUGCAGACACAGUAAACCUGGGAGGCGGAUCUUUCGGGGGCGGGUCUCUUGGACUACGAAACAGUCUGGGUUCAUCAAACGGAAAUUAUUUAUUGCUAAAUGGUGAUACGCCCGAUGUUUACAAUCCAUUUGAUUUAGGUGACGCACCUGAUUACUAUCCAAUCAUUGGAAGAUCCAGUUUACGUUCAAGAACGGGUAGAUACCCGAUCCAGAUGAUAGAUUCAGAUAACGCAUAUCUAAUCGCUUAAAUGUGGAACUAGAUUUCAUCGUCUAACUAUUCUAAGCUACAAACCAUUGGGAGCCUCUCUUGGAUCAGCUGGACUGAAAAAAAAUGUUACAAAAACUUUUAAUAAAAAAAACCCCAAAACGCUCCAUGCAUAUAUGUGUAUACCGAAUUAAGUCAUUACCCUUUAUGGUAAUAAUUGUCCCUUGUGGUAAUAUAUGUCCCAUAUGGUAUGUAUCAUUACCUUUUAAUACCGUUAUUCUUUUUAAAGCAUUGAAUGUGUGGCUUUUAAAUGACAGGUAUUAUCCAGUACCUUGAUUGUAGAAAGUUUUAUUGAGCAAACUUUUCAUUUUGUUAAAAAUACAUACGUUUAGAAAUUAAAUGAAAAGUGGUGCUUUUUAAUGUUUUGCAAAGAGAAUCUGUAAAGAAUCUUGUUUUAAUACCUUAAGAUACCAUUUUGUAAAGCAUUAUGCUGAAUCAUAAGAAACAGUAUUCAGAAAAGGGUGUCAACAACUGUGGUGUUCAUAUCGUUAUUGAAAUUUCAUUUUACUACAUACUGGAAAGACAUUUACCCCAUGUUGCUUUCGAAAUUAAUUUCUUUAGAACUUUGUAUUGGUAAAUUGAACUCGGCGUAAGAUCCACUAACACACACUUACGCUGUAUACACACUACCUUGUGUUGUAUCUUUACAUUUCUUUCUUUACUGCUUUAUAUCUAUUUUACAUUUGUGUGUUAUAACAGGAAUAAAUGUACA